CAAACCCCACUUACUACUACUUUCUUUCUGUAACUUAUACUCAUCAUCGUCAUCGAUCAUGCUGGCCAUGGAAGAAGUUCUACGAGAGCUGAAUGGAGAAGGCAUAAACGACCAAGGUUUGCCCCCUGGCUUUCGCUUCCACCCAACUGAUGAAGAGCUCAUCACUUUCUACUUGGCUUCCAAAGUCUUCAAUGGCACCUUCUGUGGUGUCGACAUUGCUGAGGUUGAUCUCAACAGAUGCGAGCCUUGGGAGCUCCCAGACGUGGCUAAGAUGGGAGAGAAAGAGUGGUACUUUUUCAGUCUGAGGGACAGAAAAUACCCAACAGGGUUGAGAACCAACAGAGCCACCGGAGCUGGGUACUGGAAGGCCACCGGAAAAGACAGAGAGGUUUACAGUGCCUCCAAUGGAGCUUUGCUUGGGAUGAAGAAGACCCUUGUCUUCUACAAGGGCCGUGCCCCACGCGGCGAGAAGACCAAGUGGGUCAUGCACGAGUACCGCCUCGACGGUGAAUUUUCCUCUCGUCACACGUGCAAGGAGGAAUGGGUUAUAUGCAGAAUAUAUCACAAAACCGGUGAGAAGAAAAAUCCAAUCUUUCAAGGACGACAGUGUCGUUUGCCUGCGCUGCUAGAAGUCCAAACCCAAAGCACUCCAACUCCAACUCCAACUCCAACUCCAACUCCAAUGAAUGCAUUAUUGUUAGAAGAAUUUGAAUACCAAACUCAAAACCCAGUGCAAAACAUCCCGAACCAAAGCCAAAAUCGAAAUCGAAACCCUUUUCUGAAUAGUAGUAGCAGCAGUAAUGAUGACUUGAAAAGCCUCAUUACUAAUAACCCAGUUGUUUCCCAAUCCCACCUCUUCCCAAUACAUGGUAUAUCCACUAGUAGUAGUAGUAGUUGUUGUGCUACCGCUACUACCGUAGCCACAACAAACAAAAACCCAUCAACAUCAUCAUCAUCAUCUAUGCUGUUCAUGUCCCUCCUCUCACAUCAAGAUUGCACUUGGAAUAAUAAGCAGCAAUGUCAAGAACAACAAUUAACUGUUCCCAAACAGUGCAAGACAGAGACCAACUUUUCCCAUUUCCAAGCACCACCACAACCACUACCUUCCUCCUCCUCUGGUCCUCCUGAUAAUGACAACUAUAACGAUUACUUUCACCCUAAUAAUUAUAAUCAUAAUAACAAUAAUAAUGCCUUGCUUUUUGAGAGCGAUGAUUAUGGGGUGUUGGGGUUCCCCUCUUCAUCGAAUGCUGCUCCUCCUACUCAUCUCCAUGAUAUGUCCACUUCAGCAGUAGCCAACUUCAACAGGGCCGGCUUUCAGUUUCAGACUCUGUUAUCAGAUCCUCUCACCAAACUCGCUGGAGGAGAAUCUUGGACACCUUUCGAUGCUUAUUAACUUUUUUCACUGUAUUCUUAUGUAUACGUUAAAUUUAUGUAUAAGUUACAUUGCUGAAUCGAACCAUAUAUUCCAAUGCUUUUUUUUAGCUAAGUGGGAGAGUAUAACAACACUAACCUUAUUAUUAUUAUUAUUAUUAUUUUGAUUGAACUAAACUUAUUAUUAUUGUUGUUAUUCAAAAAAUAUAUAAGAUGA